CCCAAGUAACUUUCAGUUUAUUCUCCGAAGCUCUCUGCAGGGUGCGAAAGAACUGAGGCUUUUCCUCAUGGCUGAAAACAACCACCCUGAUAAACCACUUAAGGUGUUGGAAGAACUGGGCAAAGAAUUCCUUACAGAGUACCUAGAAAAAUUGGUACAAAGCAAUGUAUUGAAAUUAAAGGAAGAAGAGAAACAAAAAUUUAACAAUGCUGAACGCAGUGACAAGCGCUGGGUUUUUGUAGAUGCCCUGAAAAGGAAACACAACCAAGUGGGCAAAAUGCUUCUCCAGACAUUUCUUAAUGUGGACUCAGGCAGCCACCAUGGUGAAGCUAAUUUGGAAAUGGAGGAACCAGAAGAAUCAGUGGACACUCUCAAGCUUUGUUCCUCCGAGGAGUUCACAAGGCUGUGCAGAGAAAAGAAGCAAGAAAUUUACCCAAUAAAGGAGACCAAUGGCCGUACUCGAAAGGCUCUUAUCAUAUGCAAUACAGAGUUCAAACAUCUCUCUCUGAGAUAUGGGGCUAACAUUGACAUUAGUGGCAUGAAAGGCCUUCUUGAAGAGUUGGGCUAUGAUGUGGUGGUGAAAGAGGAGCUUACAGCUGAGGGCAUGGAAUCAGAAAUGAAAGACUUUGCUGCACUCUCAGAGCACCAAACAUCAGACAGCACAUUCCUGGUGCUAAUGUCUCAUGGCACAUUGCAGGGCCUUUGUGGAACAAUGCACAGUGAAGAAACUCCAGAUGUGCUAUUAUAUGAUACUAUCUAUCAGAUAUUCAACAAUUGUCACUGUCCAGGUCUACGAGACAAACCCAAAGUCAUCAUUGUGCAGGCCUGCAGAGGUGGAAACCCUGGGGAAGUGUGGAUCAGAGAGUCUUCAGGAGCCCACUCCUACAGAGCUGUAGAUCUACCUAGGAAUAUGGAAGCUGAUGCUGUCCGCAUGAGCCAUGUGGAGAAGGACUUCAUUGCCCUCUACUCUACAACACCACACCACUUGUCCUACAGAGACAAAACAAGAGGCUCUUACUUCAUCUCCAAACUCAUUUCCUGCUUCCGGAUACAUGCCUGCUCUUGUCAUCUAUUUGAUAUAUUUCUGAAGGUGCAACAAUCAUUUGAAAAGGCAAGUAUUAAUUCCCAGAUGCCCACCAUUGAUCGGGCAACCUUGACAAGAUAUUUCUACCUCUUUCCUGGCAAUUGAGAACAAAGCAGCUUGAAGAAGUGAUCUUGGCCAAGGAUUGUGAUAUAUACCUGCAAUUCCAGGAUUAGGGAAACUGAGGAAAGAAUAAUUAUGAAUUCAAGACCAGCCUCAGCAAUACUGUGGGAUUCUGUCACAUAAAUAAGCAAACAAGCAAAAAUAAAACAAACAAACAAAAAACUUUACCAAAAGGGAACAUGUAUUUAUUUGUGUAUAGAAAUUUAAAAAUUUAAAAAGCAAAUAAUUGUCUUAAGUUGGGUUCUUUAGUGGAGAAUGUUUAAGUUAAAAUGGUAGUAAAUUGAAGUGAUAGGGAAUAGCCAACUGUAGUUUCAACUUUAGGGCUCACAUGAUUCCACAAUAUGUGAAAAGAAAAGCAGGGAAGUUACCUCUGGAAGGAGGAUGAAAGAAAGCUGUGAUUGUAAUGGUCAGCUUUUAUUACCCAACUUGACAGAAUCAAGAGUAUCUUGGAGUCAAGCCUCUGACCAUGCCAGCGAUACAUUAUGUUGAGUAAGUCAAGUGAUGCAGAGAUGCCUAGCCUAAUAGUAGGAAGGAUCAUAUCCUAAGACUGAGACCUGGAAAGCAAGCUGUACAUGAGAACUUAUCACUUUCUUCUUGGUUAUGAGCAUAAAACCCUAAGUUCCUGGAAAAUUAAUGUCCAUCAUGAUAGACUGUACCCUCAAAACUCUGAAGCAUGGUAAACCAACUCUUCCUUCAAUUGCUUUUGUCAUAACAUUUUAAAAAUAAGAUUGCAAGUAGAUAAGAUAUAAAUGAUUAGAUGAUAUGCCUUGCACACAUUUAGAUAUUAUUAAAACAUAUAUCAGAAAGGCUGUUGAGGUGACUCAGUGAGUCAACAUACUUACUGAGGUAGGUGAAGAAUUCAUUCUGGUCCUUGGGUCCUGCAUAGUAAAAGGAGGAAAAUAAAAAUGACUAAUUUCA